GACUUUGUUGUUAGCGCCGGCUGCAAACCGUUUCAAUCCAAGCAGCUAAGAGAUCUGCUCUACAAAAAGCACACAAAGUCGUUUGAUGAGAUGAUGUACAUUCCCAAACAUCUCCGACAAGACCUCAAGGAUACCUUCCAUAUUGCUGGGUGUCUGGACCUCAAAAAAGAACUGGUGAGCAGGGAUGGUACCAUCAAGCAUGCUUACGGAAUAGCGGGAGGAUCGAUCAUCGAGACAGUGUUGAUGCGAUACAAAGAUGGGAGAAAUACGGCCUGCAUCAGCUCGCAGGCCGGAUGUGCAAUGAACUGCAGCUUUUGUGCCACUGGUCAAUCUGGAUUCACCCGAAACCUCACGCAUGAAGAGAUUUUCGAACAGGCGUACAAUAUGGCCGAUUUUUGUCAGAGUGAGGGUCAGAGAUUAAGCAAUGUCGUAUUUAUGGGCAUGGGCGAACCACUCAACAAUUACAAAAACGUUACGAAAGCCGCUCACAUGAUGAAUACGCACCUGGGCAUAGGUGCACAGCAUAUUACCAUCAGCACAGUAGGCAAUGUGCCCAAGAUUAAGAAGCUCGCAACCGAAAAGCUACGCACAACGCUGGCCAUUAGCCUGCACACGCCGUACGAGGACGAGAGGGCGAAAAUCAUGCCGAUUAGUACAAAGUAUCCUAUAUGCGAGCUUGUGCAUGCGGCUGUGAACUAUGCUGAGAACACCAACAGACGAGUUACGUUUGAAUACUGUCUCAUUCAUGGCCAGAACGAUUCGCAGAAGCACGCUUACAAGCUGGCCCGUGUUCUGGGUCCGAUGAAAGGCCUGUCCCAUGUCAAUUUAAUCCCGCUAAACCCUACGCCUACUUUCGAAGGUAAAGCCUCUACCGAAGAGUCUGUUCGUGUCUUCCAGGAGAUUCUGAUGACCGCGGGGGCUAUACCUUCCACAGUGCGCGUGAAGAGAGGUGUGGAUAUUGAUGCCGGCUGUGGACAGUUGGCCGAUUCAUUACUCAAAGAUAUCGCGAAAGUAAAGCGCAGGUCUGGUAACAAAUCAGCUAUCAAUGAAAUGAUAGGUUCCGAAAGUAGCUUUGCGGAAGAUGAAGGAUCUGAACAAACAAGCGAGGAGAAGAAGAAAACGCAUGGCGAUGACUCCGAUAUAAUUCAGUCUUUUGGUACCGGUAAACAUACAAGUGACAAUAUCAUAGCGAAAGGCGUUAAUGUGAUUCAUGCGCCAAGUGGUAAACACGCGAAGAGCAACCCUCGCUUUUGGGCGAAACCUGGUGCAUUGGAGGCAGGGGACGCGAGUGUGCAGCAAAGAACAGCUUUGUUAUGAGCCCUGAAGUGAGGAUCAGUUGCGAUUUCUCAAUGAUAGAUAUCGGUGGGCGGCGCGUGCGGGACUGUGCUUAUAGGCGAUCGUGACAAAGCGCUUGCAUCCUCAAGCACACUUAAUAGCCUGAUGGAAUCGGCAUUGCUGGUGAGCCGUAUCAGGGGCAGUCGAUGUUGAGUAUGAUACGCAAUUUUUUCAACCCGCAAACGGUGCUAGAAGCUAAAUCUCUCUUGUUCGCAACUACAAAGUACAACGGUAUAUAUUUUGGCAAACCUAUCAUCUCUCAGGUACAUUCAUUUGAUGGUAAUCGGUAGCUUUCUAUGAACAGGAAGCCCCAGUGGGGCCAAAUUCCAACUCGAUUGCUCGCCAAUAGCCUUCAUGUCCGAGUAUAAAUCUCGAACGAACUGAGGCAGCUUCAGCUAGUACACGCAGGUAGCCUUGUUCACGUAUCAACCGACUGUACGCCUCCAAGAAGCAUAGACAACCCAGUCACAUAUGAGCAAGCACAUAAGGCCAUUUGAAGCUAAAGAACGCACGAGCUGAAUUGAAGUUGUGGUGUGGGCGAGCACGCAUUCUUUCAAUUUCAACAACAAUGGCUAUCAUCUAUAUGUAAGUCUAUUCCGCAAGCGACAGCUUGACGCCUUUGAUAUUCAACUCAUUGCGAAACGCGACAUAAGUUUUAGCUAAAACC